AUGACAAUUGGAUUAGAACCAGCAGUUUCAAGCAAAACCAAAGAUAAAAUGGAGCAAGAUUUAUCUCCAAUUGCUGAUAAAUCAUGUAAAGAAAAUAGAGAACUCGCAAAAAGUGGCAAAUUAAUUGAAGCAAUUGAAAAUUUAUUAAUAACAGAAAAACAAUGUCGUCAAGCAGAGGAUUCACCAUCAACAUCAAAGAUUGCAGCUGAAAUUAUUAAAUUAUGUUAUGAAGCUGGAAGAUUAGAUUUAGUAAAUGAGAAAUUAGUAUUAUUAUCAAAGAGAAGAGGUCAACUCAGACCAGCCAUCAAAGCUAUCGUUCAAGAAUCAAUGGUAUAUGUCGAUCAAAUUACUGAUAUGAAACAAAAAUUAGAAUUAAUUGAUACUCUUAGAACAAUUUCAGAUGGAAAAAUUUUUGUUGAAAAUGAAAGAGCAAGAUUAACAAAAACAUUAUCAAAAAUUAAAGAGGAUGAAGGUGAUAUUGCAUCAGCAGCAAAAAUUCUCCAAGAUUUACAAGUUGAAACCUAUGGUACAAUGGAAAAGAGAGAAAAGAUUACAUUCUUUAUUGAUCAAAUGCGUAUUUGUAUGAAUAAUAAAGAUUUUAUUAGAGCACAAUUGAUAGGUAACAAAGUUAAUAGAAAAACUUUGGCUGAAGAUGAGAAUCAAGAUCUUAAAAUCGAUUAUUUCAAACAAAUGAUCCGUUACUUUUCUCAUAGUGCAAAUUAUAUUGAGAUUGCACGUUGUUAUCUCUCAAUCUAUGAUACUCCUUCCGUUGAAAAAGAUACACCUCAAUUACUUCAAACACUUAAAUACAUUUGUAUCUAUGUAAUUCUCUCUGCUUCUUCAAAUGAACAAUCUGAUCUCUUAAAUAGAGUUUAUGAAUUUAAACCAUUAACUGAUAUUCAAAAUUAUAAAGAUUUAUUAAAUCAAUUUAAGACAUUAGAAUUAAUUAGAUGGAGUACAUUCUUUGAACUUAAUAAACCAGAAUUAGAUUCACAAACAGUUUUCAAAACUGAACCAAAUGCAUGGGAAGAUUUACGUAAGAGAGUUAUUGAACAUAAUAUUCGUGUUAUUUCAACUUAUUAUCAAAAGAUUUCAACUGCAAGACUUGCAGAGUUAUUGGAUCUUUCUUUAGAUGAAUCAGAAAAAUUCGUUUCAGAUUUAGUUUCAAAUAAAACUAUCUUUGCAAAGAUUGAUAGACCAGCUGGUAUUGCAACAUUCACCACAACCAAUGAUCCAAAUAAAGUUUUGAAUGCUUGGGCAAAUAAUAUUACUUCAUUAUUAGAUUUAGUUGAAAAAACAAAUCAUUUAGUUCAAAGAGAGUUUAUGCUCCAUAAAAUUAAUUAA